GUACAUCAUAUUCUCACUCCUAUGAAUGAGUAUAAAACCUACAUUUUCAUUUACGAUUCACGAGUUUGGAAGUUCGAUGACGUCAAAAAUAGCUUACUAAUGAGAGAUAACCUUCUCAUCAUGAAAUCUAACAUACCUCAAUAAAAAAAAAUAUUGUAUAACCAUUUAAAAAGGAUUCGAUUUGAUUAACGGAGAUAACCAUGAGACGAAUCGGUGUUUAGAGCGAUAAAGACUGAUAGACAAGGCCGUUUUUCCUUUUUCAUCAUCUUCUUUUGACUUAACAUAAUAAAUUAGUCACUCUCAGUGGUUUCUAGAGAGCGAAACACGUUCAGUGCUCCACGGGAAAGAAGCGUCAACUUGUACUUUGAUCAACAUGUCCUCCGACAAAGCUACCUUCGGUGUCAUUGACUACGCGGUCUUCUGCGCCUCGCUCAUAAUAUCUCUUAGCAUUGGCCUGUACCACUGGUGGAAGAGCAGAGGGCUGGACAACGCAGACUUCCUGAUGGGGGGAGGCAAAAUGUCUCCAAUUCCAGUGGCUAUCUCCCUCUUCGCUGGCUUGGUCUCCGCUGUGUCUAUUCUGGGGAACCCAGCAGAAAUGUAUUACUAUGGCUCACAGCUGUGGAUGAACUGCAUUGGCACUGUGAUUGGAGCUCUCUUGGUUAUAAUCUUAUUAGUACCAGUGCUCUAUCCGCUGAAACUUGUCAGUAUAUAUGAGUUCAUAGGACUGCGAUGGAAAUCGAACCUGGUCAGAAAGCUGGCCACAGUACUCCAGCUCUUCAACUACUUCACCUACUUGGGCAUUGCUCUGUACGCUCCCUCGCUGGCCCUGUCCUCUGUGACGCCAAUUCCAGCCGUGGUCUCGGUUGUUGUGCUGGGGAUCGUCUGCACCGUCUAUGCGUCGCUUGGAGGUGCCAAAGCCGUCGUGUACACGGAUACGGUCCAAGCAUUCAUCAUGCUUGCAGGGAUCAUUGCAGUGAUUAUCCAGGGCUGUUCUGAAGUUGGCGGAGGGGCCAAUUCGUGGAAUAUAGACGAGGAAAACGGACGUAUCGAAUUUUUCAAUAUGAGCUCAGAUCCUCUGGAACGGCACACCCUAAUGAGCACUGUGAUCCUUGGAAUAUAUUUCGCCUUCAGUAACUACGGAGUGGGUCAGGCGCAGUUUCAGAGAUGGGCUUCCGUUUCAACCAUCAAACAAGCGUACAUGGUCCUUGUCAUAUCAUGCACAAUACUCGUUGUGGUCUGGUCUUUAAUCAACUACUCUGGGUUGGUGAUCUUUUCCGUCUACGCUGACUGUGACCCCUUAACAGCAGGUUACAUUGAAAAGAUUGACCAGAUUACAGCGUAUUUUGUGAUUGACAAACUUGGAUUCCUGCCAGGGAUUCCAGGACUCUUUGUGGCUGCAAUCUACAGUGGUGUUCUCAGCACUGUGUCAUCAGUCCUAAAUGCUUUAGCGGCUGUCAUCUGGAAAGAUUUGCUGAGCGGCCUAGACAGAUUCUCCAAAUUCACUUCACAACAGGAGAAGAAAGCUACAAUCAUUGUUUCUUGUGUGUCAGGAAUCAUCAGCACGGUGCUGGGGGUACUGGCAGGCAGUAUGGGAGGACUGUUUCAGAUCACUUACGCUCUUGGUGGAGCAAUUGGUGGUCCCAUCUCAGGCCUCUUUCUGAUGGCUAUUUCUUGUCCUUGGGUGAAGGCUCGGCGCCUGCCUGGGCUUCUUCUCUCCGUAAGCCUCACGCUGUGGAUGGUCUUUGGAAAUUUCUUGUAUGCCCCUCCAACUCCAAUGCUGCCUUUGUCGACAGGUGGCUGCCCCGGAGAGAAUGUGACAACUGCCUCGCCUUUCACAGAAGGCACAACGACAACCCUCAUUACAUCAACUGACGGUGGUGAAGAUCCAGGAUCUGAUGUGUUCCCAUUAUAUUUAGUCACCUACUGCUUAUACGGGAGUAUUGGAACCUUGGCAACUUUCGUCUUCUCGAACGUGGCAACGCUGAUUUUUGGCCCCUUGGCAAUAGAGAGAGUACCUGAGAACACGGUCCACGAACCGUGCAUGCGAUUCUACAGAUGGCUGAGGUCCCUUGCUGGAAAGUCUAGUCCCAGCUCUGGUCGAAGUCGCUUGUCCUCAAGCAACAAGGGCUCUUGCAAAGAUUUGAAGGAAUUUGAAAGUGGAUCAGCUGAGGCCUACGAAAAUCCAGUUUUUGAAACAGAAAACCACUUAUAAAUUCCGUUCGAUCACUGUUGGUUGUCAGUUCUUCUGCUCUAUCUUCAGUUCCCAUUUGUGGAAGGAGCCUCUGACAGCAUCGUGAAGGUGUUGCUGUUAGCUGGGUAUUGUUUUUCUUUCUAUUCCGGUACGAAAAUAGGUACCAAAAUAGGUACCAGAAAAACUUAGGAAGUGUACUUAGUCGGUAGAAUAAACGUGAUGGCGUUGUCCACACAUUCACUUAGCUUUAUUAAUUGCUCAGGCCGCUUUGUGACUCAUUGCCAGUCACUACAGACGCCUGAGUUCUGUUGCUUGUUUUAGUCGCUUAUUACAAUAUUAUAACCCGCUUACUAAUUUGGUAAGGAAAUAAUAAUAUUCAUAGGUUGAAAUAUUGUAUCUAAUUCUAUAACCUUGGAAAUGUCUAAAAUUAGAAAAAAAAUAUGUAAAUAAAUAAACGACUUGAUCGUACAGUA